CUUUUGUUAUUUAUGAUACUAAAACACAUAUUUUAAUUUUAGUAAUUUAAUAUAAAUAUAUUUGGAUUUUUCUAGUUCUCACAUUCUCUUUUAUAUUUUAAUAUCCUAACUUAUUUCAUGACCAUUAUGAUUCUUGGUUCCGAUUCCAUAUAAUGAGUAUUGUUUUUCUUCUAUAUUUGAUGAUGACCAUUGGCCCAAGCUAGUUGCCCUAAACAAUAAAUUAUAUUUUAUACUUCGAUACAUACGUUGAAAUUCCUUUCCUCCUUUUUUAAGAUUAUUAAUUUUUAAUCAAUCUAAUUUGCAAAAAAAAUCGGUAGCUUAUAUUAUAUACUCGUAGACGCAUUGGUAUAUCUUGAUACACUGAUUUCUCGAUCUGACAUUAACUAUAGAUAAAAUAUAUUUAUAUAAUGUUAACAGACAAAAUCUAAGGAAAGUCUUCUCCAACUGCUCAAUGAAAAAGAUAUAACUGGAUGUUCUCCAUUACACUACGCUAGUCGAGAAGGUCACAUCAGAAGUCUGGAAAAUCUCAUUCGACUUGGUGCCUGCAUCAACCUAAAAAACAAUAAUAAUGAAAGUCCUCUACAUUUUGCUGCUAGAUACGGGCGUUACAACACCGUCAAGCAACUACUGGAUUCUGAAAAAGGAACGUUUAUAAUAAAUGAAAGUGACGGAGGAGGAUGUACACCCCUUCAUAUUGCUUCACAACAAGGACACACCAAAGUAGUUCAACUAUUGCUAAAUAGAGGAGCUCUUUUACACAGGGACCACAACGGUAGAAAUCCUCUGCAUCUCGCAGCAAUGAAUGGCUACACUCAAACGAUUGAGCUACUACUUUCAGUGCAUUCCCAUUUGCUUGAUCAAACAGACAAAGAUGGGAAUACAGCGCUACAUUUAGCCACAAUGGAAAAUCAACCAAACGCUAUAGCAUUCCUAUUAUCAGUCGGCUGCAAACUUUCUUAUAAUCAAAUGGAUAUGAACGCUAUUGACUACGCAAUUUACUACAAGUUUCCAGAGGCUGCGUUGGCAAUGGUUACUCACGAAGAAAGAGCUAAUGAAAUAUUGAACCUAAAAUCCAGUAAACAUCCGUGCGUCACGUUGGCUCUCAUUGCAUCUAUGCCACGAGUAUUUGAAGCGGUCCAAGACAAAUGUAUCACGAAAGCGAAUUGCAAGAAAGACUCUAAAUCAUUUUAUAUUAAAUAUAGUUUUUGCAAUCUUCAGUGUUCAAUUACUUCAGAUGAAGAGGAAGAAAAAAGUAAGGCAAAAAGUGCACCGUUACCUGCUCUAAAUGCUAUGGUAAUGCAUGGAAGAGUUGAAUUACUGGCACAUCCUCUCAGUCAAAAAUAUCUACAAAUGAAAUGGAAUUCUUAUGGAAAAUACUUUCAUUUGGCAAAUGUCACUUUCUACAGUUUUUUCUUAGCCUUUAUUACGUGUUUUUCUGCACAAUUAAUGCAACAACAAAAAAAUAAUGGUGGCGUAAAUAUCACAUCGAACAUGACACAUGCAGAAUAUGUGAACUUUAGCAAGGAACUUAUCUUGAACAUAAACGUAAGUCCUGUUAUGUACAUAAGCGCUUUGGGAAUAAUGGCCUACAUAGGAAUAAACAUAUUCAGAGAAUUCCUCCAACUAUAUCAACAAAAAUUCCUCUACUGUAUGGACCCCAUAAACUUAGUAACAUGGCUGCUAUACAUAUCAGCACUCAUUAUGGUCUUGCCAAUUUUCGGAGGUGUAAUGUACGAUCUGCAAUUUUCUUGUGCAUCAUUAACAGUAUUUCUCAGCUGGUUCAAUUUGUUACUGUUGCUUCAGAGGUUCGAUCAAGUUGGAAUUUAUGUAGUGAUGUUUUUGGAAAUUUUACAGACCCUCAUAAAAGUGUUGAUGGUAUUUUCUAUAUUGAUCAUUGCGUUUGGACUGGCUUUCUACAUUUUGCUCUCUAGGGGUGAACACCUCUCAUUUAAAACAAUCCCCAUGUCACUAAUUCGUACAUUUUCAAUGAUGUUGGGCGAAAUAGAUUUUUUGGGAACCUACGUUAAACCCUACUACAUGACGAACGACGAGGAAAGAUCGUUUCUACCGUUCCCAAUGCCUGCUUUUCUAAUUUUGGGAUUGUUUAUGGUACUAAUGCCAAUUCUAUUGAUGAAUCUCCUUAUUGGUUUGGCUGUUGGAGACAUUGAGUCAGUUAGGAGAAAUGCCCAAUUAAAAAGAUUGGCUAUGCAGGUUGUGUUACAUACUGAGCUUGAAAGAAAACUACCUCGUUUUCUGUUAGAAAGAGUUGACAAGAUGGAAAUAAUUGAAUAUCCUAAUGAUACUAAAUGUAAAGUCGGUUUCUUGGAUACUAUAUUAAGAAAAUGGUUUGGAAAUCCAUUUUCAGAGGAUUCUGUAGAGAUGGCAUUGGAAAACACAGAAGAUUACAUUUUAGCUGAAUUAGAAAAAAACAAGAGGAAAUUAAGAGAAAUUUCAAGUGCUUUGGAGACCCAGCAACAAUUUCUACGCCUAAUCGUGCAGAAAAUGGAAAUCAAGACUGAAGCCGAUGACGUAGAUGAAGGUUUACCAUCGACCACGAACAUUGUAAAUGGCGCUUCCAGCAAAUGGACGUCUCCAAAAAUCAGAAAGAAACUGCGAUCAGUGAUAAGUUUCACAAAUAAGGGGAGCGGCAAUUCCUAAGGAGAUUUUUUAUAAAAUUAUAUUUUUCUUUUUUGUUGUUUAAGAUUUAAAGUCUAUUACUAGAAAUUAAGAGAAUUAAAUCAUUGGUUACAUUUUUAGAGGUAGGUUAAAUGUUUCAAACAAAAAAUUAGAGAUUGCGAACGAUAAACAUAUUUGUAUUUUGUAUACAGUCAGAAGAAAAUAAUUGCACAUUGUUGUAAGUUUAAAGAAUUAAAUGUUAACUUCACAAUUAUUGUUUUUAUUUAGGUAAGAACCCAAGAG